UCGGUAGGGGGGCGGAGUCUGGAGCUGUGGCCCGCCCCUCCUCUCCUCUGCGCGCUGCGGGUCCGGGACGCGGAGACCCGAGCGCUGCGCAGCUCUCAGACCCCGCGUGGGUGUCCGGGAGACCUGAUCGCUAGGUUCAGGAACGCCCUGCCAGUCUGUCCUGACAUGGACAACCCUAGCCUGCAGGAGCUCCAGCAGCCCCUGUUGCAGAGCACAGCCUGUGACCUCCCUGCCUCGAAGCUGGACAGACCUGAUCUGGGACCCCCUUUCCCAGAGACAGCCUUUGCAGAGUCCCUGAAGGGCUGGCAGUUCCUUCUACCACCUCUUCCUUCUGUGAGCGGUGGCCUGGGGGAGCCAGAGCCCCCUGACCUUGAGGACACGUCAUCCAGUGACAGUGACUCAGACUGGGAUGGAGGUGGCCGUCUGUCCCCACUUCUGCCCCAGGACCACCUUGGCUUGGCGGUCUUCUCAAUGCUGUGUUGUUUUUGGCCUGUGGGCAUUGCUGCCUUCUGUCUGGCCCAAAAGACCAACAAGGCUUGGGCCAAGGGGGACGUCCAGGGGGCAGGGGCCGCCUCCCGCCGUGCCUUCCUGCUGGGGGUCCUUGCCGUGGGGCUGGGCCUGUGCACAUAUGCAGCUGCCCUGGUGACCCUGGCUGCCUACCUUGCCUCCCGAGACCCGCCCUAGUUGCCCCUCCGGCCCCCACUGUGAAUGCAGAGGCCAGAGGCCCAGCGCUCCUGUGAGCAGAAUGAACCAGCCUGGUGCUUUCCCUGAUGGCGGUGAUGACAUCAUCCAGAAAGGAGAGCCAGCCGGAGAACC